UGCCUCUCUGAGGAGAAGCGGAACAUUCGCGCAAGAGGGCCCACAUAAGAUUUGUGAGAAUGUUCUCGCUACGGAUUUCGCCGGGGGCGCCGGCUCUAUUCCGUGCCAUGUGUACGAAAGCUCCAGCCGUGGUGCAAAAUGAUUUCGAGAUAAACCCUGAGUUCGUCAACCGGAAUCCUCGGAACCUCGAACAGAUGCUUCUCGCUCGGAAGCCCUCUGGCUGGGAAUGGGAUCUCCCAUCGCGAGAGUACUGGUAUCGUCUUGACGUCGAUAUAAGCAAGAAGAACAUCAGAGGGAAAGUCUUACACAACGGCGGAUCUGCGGUGGUCAAAGCCUACAGCGGGGAAUGGGGCAUCAGGAAACAGAUGAUCUCUUCAUCGGACACGACCGCGGCCUACAAUGUCGGCAGGGUUCUCGGCAGGCGGUGCUUAGAGGCGGGGAUAUUAGCGGUUCACUACGAGCGCCCUCCGAGAAUGGAGAAUUCCAAGAAGAUCCAUGCCUUUUUGAAAGGUCUCACGGAGGAAGGUGUGCCGAUAAAGGAGCCGGACGCGCUGGACGAGGUCGAGGAUCGACCGACGGCCACUAUGUACAGAUGAUGUGGAGGAAGAGCUCGACUAUUUUCAAUAAAGUAGUUUGUUUCCGAUU